UGGAUACCUCAUUGCCAUAACUGGCCACCGAAGGGAGUGGUCAUCAACAUGACUACUGAGGAGGUUGAAAUGGCAGAAAAAAACUAAGCAGGGUGCCCGCAUCAUCCGUGUUAAACAGCACAAAACUCAAAGAUACCAUGGGGAAGCAGCUGUCCCCCUGUACAAGAAUGAGUAUACCUGGUUGCAGCGUUACAAUCAUAUUAGAGAGUAUAUUGAAGGGGGUUCGGAGGCAUCAACUUUUUUCCACAGUUCCAGUGGAGGUGUUCUUCAUAGACUACCGGAAUUUUUCAAGGCAGCCUGGGAGAUGAUGAAUCUGGGGAUUGUCCCCACCUUCAACAUGAUACGUUCCUCCUGUAGCACUUACGCCAAGCGACAGUUGGGACGUAAAUCUUAUGACAGAGUGGCAACGUUUAUGUGCCAUGAUGCCAUCACAGCCAAAAGAUUUUACCAAGCUGAGGACCCUGCAGAGGACACACUCCAGAGCCGAGCACUGACCACCCAUGCAAUUGCAACAUAUGCAGCAAAGAAAAGGAAAAGGAGAGAGGACAGAGGAUCUGUGCAGGACAACGACAGUGAAGGAUCUGACAAGGAAGAGCAGCAGUCAUCAGGAACAGAGGAGCUUUUAGACAGAAGGCUCUUCCAGUGUAGCAGUAACAAGAUGGUGAGCCCAGGUCAGGGUGAGGGUGCCGGUAGUGCUGGAGCCACAAUAAGAGAAACUAAACGGGAUUUGAAAGAGGAGGUGGAGCAUCUACAAAAAGUGACAUACCAGUUGCGCAAGAGAAAAAUGGACAUCUUUUACAAAAAUGAUAGGACAGGUGUGGGGAAACUCACACAAGAAGACAAUCCACAAGAGGAGGAGGAGGAUGAAGCGAGAGAAUGGGUUCCUAAGCAGUCUGUUAGCUCAUCUGAAGAUGAUGGGACAGAUGACUGGAAACCCACACAGGAUGAAUCUGAAGGCUAUUCAGAAGAGGAGGAAGAACAAGAACAUAAAAGGAUUCCUAAGAUGGCGGCAGCAUCUGAAGAGGAUGGGACACAUGAUAGCAGACCCACACAGGAUGAUUCAAAGGAUGAAGCAGAACAUUUGGGACAAAUGAUUCACAAAGUGGCCAUGGAAAAGGACAGGGAAACGGCGAUAAGCUUAUUACCAGUACAACACCAAAUUCCAGUUGUUACUCUGAAUUCAGUCACUCUCAAGACACCCAUGAAGGACAAAGUCGCACUGGAGGUCCCUCCUGGUAUGCAGCAGGCCUAUGUAAACCAAGACACAGCAAUGACUGUGAAUAAGAAUUCGGAAAAAAGUGUGAUUCACCAAACCAGUUACUUGAAGAGGCUCACUUUUCAUCAGUCAACUCUCUUUGAAGACACCAUACCAAGAUCUGAUAACAACAAGAAAGACCAAAGUGGAAUGUCAUCUGCAGCAAUAAUAACCUCAGAACAACUGGAAGAGAAAGAGAUACAAGAAGAAUCUCUGGAGAAGAUGAAGUGUGAAGACAAAGGAGGGAAGAGAAAAGAAAAAGUACAGCAGGAGCCUCUGGAGAAGAUGAGGAGCAAAAGGCAAAGGAAGGAAGAAAAGAUACAGGCAGAGCCUCUGGAGAAGAUGAAGAGUGAAGCCAAAGUAGGAAAGAGAAAAGAAAAAGUACAGCAGAAGCCUCUGGAGAAGAUGAAGAGUGAAGACAAAGGAGGGAAGAGAAAAGAAAAAGUACAGCAGGAGCCUCUGGAGAAGAUGAAGCGUGAAGACAAAGGAGGGAAGAGAAAAGAAAAAGUACAGCAGGAGCCUCUGGAGAAGAUGAGGGGCAAAAGGCAAAGGAAGGAAGAAAAGAUACAGGCAGAGCCUCUGGAGAAGAUGAAGAGUGAAGCCAAAGUAGGAAAGAGAAAAGAAAAAGUACAGCAGAAGCCUCUGGAGAAGAUGAAGAGUGAAGACAAAGGAGGGAAGAGAAAAGAAAAAGUACAGCAGGAGCCUCUGGAGAAGAUGAAGCGUGAAGACAAAGGAGGGAAGAGAAAAGAAAAAGUACAGCAGGAGCCUCUGGAGAAGAUGAAGCGUGAAGACAAAAGAGGGAAGAGAAAAGAAAAAGUACAGCAGCAGCCUCUGGAGAAGAUGAGGGGCAAAAGGCAAAGGAGGGAAGAAAAGAUACAGUCAGAGCCUCUGGAGAAGAUGAAGAGUGAAGCCAAAGUAGGAAAGAGAAAACAAAAAGUACAGCAGGAGCCUCUGGAGAAGAUGAGGGGCAAAAGGCAAAGGAAGAAAGAAAAGAUACAGUCAGAGCCUCUGGAGAAGAUGAAGAGUGAAGCCAAAGUAGGAAAGAGAAAUGAAAAAGUACAGCAGAAGCCUCUGGAGAAGAUGAGGAGCAAAAGGCAAAGGAAAGAAGAAAAGAUACAGGCAGAGCCUCUGGAGAAGAUGAAGAGUGAAGGCAAAAGAGGGAAGGGAAAAGAAAAAGUACAGCAGGAGCCUCUGGAGAAGAUGAAGCGUGAAGACAAAGGAGGGAAGAGAAAAGAAAAAGUACAGCAGGAGCCUCUGGAGAAGAUGAGGGGCAAAAGGCAACGGAAGGAAGAAAAGAUACAGGCAGAGCCUCUGGAGAAGAGAAUUAAGAUUAUGAAAUAAAAGAAGGAAAAAUCCACAGAGUUCUCAAAGAAAUGGCGAGAGAAAGUCUCAGAAAAUAAGGUGCAUGAAAGAGUUGCUAAUUAAAAGUGAUCAUCUAAUGAGUUACUGUCACGUUUAUUUUCUGGAAUCACUGGUGCUCUCAGACUUGACAUUAUAUAAUUCCACCAUAUGUGAGAUCAGUCAAAUUAAGAAAGGAGACAUGCUUCUUGAAGAAGUAAAAGUCAAAGCUUAAGAUAUAAUGUCAGUAUGUAAUGGCUGAAGUUUUGGGGUAUGUUGUACUAUAC